UGUGUGCAGCAGGCCAGCCGCUGGGGGGUCCGUCGGACAGAACUUCAGCUGGCUUUUUUUAAAAUCACCACCUAGUAGUAGUAGUAGCUCGCAGGCCCCACGAAACUAUGUAUGUCCACCCGACCGCGUACUUCAGGUUUAUGGACGAGGCUCAUCGUCCGACGAGUUGCGGGUGUUUUUGCGGCCUCAUUCAGCUCGCAUGAUAAUUCUCGGGGCGCAGUUCCACUCACUGUGCCAAGUACGUGCGCGCACGCGCAUCCUCAGGUGGGAGGGUCCCCUCUGCGCGAUUGUAACACGGCGUCCGCGUGACCCGUGCUCGGUACGUGACGCGCGUCAAGUCGGCGCGUGCUGCGUUCUCUCCUCCAGGGCGCAUGUGACGUCACGGUCGGCGGUGGCACGUGACAGCGAGCGCUUGCGCCGCUCCCGAACCACCGCGUCACCGGUGACCCCAGCGUGACCCCUUCGCGACCCCUUCGCUCACCGAAGCCUCAGCCGACCCCCUCUGACUUUGAGGGACUCCAGAGAAAAGCUGCAGUAAUUCUUACACCCAGGAACAGGGCAUCUUUAGAACAUCAUUCAUUGGGACUUGAACAAGUCACCUUCAGGUUGCAAGAGAACAGCCAGAAAAACAGGACGGUCCCCGCUGCUUAUUAUUUCAGCUGUUGCUCGUCGGAUAGAAACGUUUCACCUAGAAACUGAGCUGCUAGCUCCUGCUCUUUCACCGCUGCUGUAUAAAAUGGGUACAUAGAAUGGGGGACCUCGGACCCUUCAACCCCGGUUUGCCGGUGAAUGUGCCCGUGUGGCUCGCCCUCAACCUGAAGCAGAGGCAGAAGUGCAGGAUCGUUCCCCCAGAGUGGAUGGACGUUGAAAAGCUGGAGGAAAUCAGAGAGCAGGAGCGCAAAGAGGACAUGUUCACCCCAAUGCCAAGUUCUCACUACAUGGAGCUGACAAAGUUGCUCCUCAACCACGCGUCUGACAACAUCCCCAGAGCAGAUGAGAUCAGGACCCUGGUGAAGGACAUCUGGGACACGCGUGUGGCCAAAUUGCGCCUGUCAGCAGACAGCUUCAUCAGCCAGCAGGAGGCCCACGCCAAGCUGGACAACCUGACACUCAUGGAGAUAAACACCAGCCGAAUGUUCCUCCUCGACUCUCUUGACUGCAUGUACAAGUUACGCACCAACCUGCUGUCCCGGGGCGGCGCUCCUAAGGGCCACGACUACUAGUCACGGUGGGGAUGAGCUGUUCAGAACUUCCUGUUGGGAUACCCAGCCGGUGCAUUCUCUCUAAAGGCUCUAGACCAGCACUUUUUGUACAUACUUUUAAAGUUCUGAAGCUGAUUGAGCAGUUGGCAGUGUGGGUUGUCCAGUUACUGUAAAUAAAGUUUUGUUUAUCUUCUGCCUUCUUGCUGACCCUGUAUCUAGU